AUGCAGCUGCGGGUUCGCUUGCUUUAUCUGGAGUUUAUGUAUCUCCUCCCUCAGCUGAAGGGCUUCUACAGGCCACAAGGCGCGGCUGCUGCGAAUUCAACAUAUCCCGCGUCGGGCGUGUCGAUCUUGAAGCCCUGCUACCUCCGUUUAUCAGACGACCACCCUGCGUGUGCGCUACUGCGCCGUGCCCACACUACCGAACUGCAAAGCCACCGGCAGGACAAGCGGUCCACUGGCGCAUCGCUGUCUCACACGACUGCUGCUGACGCGAAGGCGCCGCCAACUCUGGUUGAUGUGAGCACGGCUGUCAAUGCCGCAUCCCACAUGACGGUUUUCAAGCUGCAGAGAGACAGCGAGAAGGUCCUCGUGACACCCUUCAUGCCCGCCAACUGGGACAACAACAAUUCAAUCAGGCCAUUGCCAUCACCAGCAGGGCAUCCUGCGCCUGCGGCGGAGGGUGCCGCGGAGGCCGAAUACCGCGCGCGUGUGCAGCGCCUCUUCUACGCAAACGCACUGGUCCCCGUAGGCAGCCCGGAGUGGAAGCGCUGCCUCGCGCGUGGCCGCUAUGAGCUGCGCAGCAUCCACAACGUAGUGCACGUUCGCAAGUACCGCGCGCUGCACAAGCGGUACAGCUGGGCGUCACAGCUCUCGCGCACGGAGUUGGAGGCCGCGUGGGGCGGCAACGUGGAAGAGGUGGAGCAGGCGCUGCUUGGGUUGUCGAACAAGGAUGUAUAUGGCUAUUCAAGCAAUGGCACCGAUGGAGAAGAAGAGGCAAAGGGCGGCGCGACCCAAGAAGAUCAUGUGGGGCAGGCGUAG